AUCUUGCUCCACGUCGAUAUUUUGAAGGAAUUGAUUGAGUGGGAACAUAAGAGCAAGAAUAAUGGCAAGAUGCAUGCUUGUGGCCACGAUGUUCACGUGACAAUGCUGCUUGGAGCAGCCAAGUUGCUACAGCGCAAGAGAGAUGAAUUGAAGGGGACUGUUAAGCUUGUUUUUCAACCUGGAGAAGAAAGUCAUGCUGGUGCUUAUCAUGUGAUAAAAGAGGGUGCUGUUGAUCACGUCGAAGCGAUAUUCGGAUUACAUGUUUCACCAGAAAUGCCCACCGGAACUGUUAGGUCGAGACCUGGUCCUUUGCUUGCAGGCUCAGCCAGAUUUCUAGCCAAAAUUCAAGGGAAAGGUGGGCAUGCUGCUAGGCCGCAUACGACUAGAGAUCCAGUACUUGCAGCAUCUUUGGCUAUCCUUGCACUCCAACAGAUCGUUUCUCAAGAGACAGAUCCUCUUGAGGCCAGGGUUGUCUCAGUUGGGUUCGUUCAAGCUAAUCAAGCAGCAAAUGUUAUCCCAGAGAUAGUAAGCUUUGGAGGAACUUUUCGGAGCAUGACCACAGAAGGCUUGUCCUAUCUGCAGCAGAGGAUCAAACAGGUGAUCGAGACUCAAGCAGUAGUACAUCAAUGUACUGCUACCAUAGAUUUUUUGGAGGAAAAACUGAGACCUUACCCUCCAACUGUCAAUGAUGAAUCAAUGUAUGAACAUGCGAAAAGGGUUGGAGAAUCAAUGCUUGGGAAAUCUAAUGUACUCCUUAGUCCAAUGGUUAUGGGGGCAGAAGAUUUCAGUUUCUAUUCAAAGAAGAUGGCAGCGGCUUUCUUCAUGAUAGGAACAAAUAACGAAACACAAAAACCAACCCUUCGAUUGCACUCACCCUACUUGAUUAUUGAUGAGGAGGUUCUUCCCAUAGGAGCAGCCUUCCAUGCUGCAGUGGCCAUAUCUUAUUUGGAUAAUCAUGCUGUUCAUAAAUAUCAGUAAGUAUUGUAGGUAACUUUCUAUUCUUGGGAUGAAGAUUCGGUUAAGUUACUAAUGUUUGCAUGAAGUCAACAAGUCAAAGUAUUUGAAUGCAUUUUGCUUUGUUGUACUGGUAUUUUGUAAUUAUGCUUGUUGUCAUCUCUUGUUGUCCGUGUAUGCUUGCAUGUUAUUAUAUAAGUUUAUAUCUAACACUUGUUUUUGCAUGUCAUUACAUGUGUAACGAAUGCAUUAUGUGUAUGUAAGCUUCUAUCUUAAUGAAAAUGUUGUUACAACCUUAUA